CCCCGCUCCCAGCACAGCCCUUACCUGCCGUCAGCGCUCCUCCAACGCGACAGUUCUGCGAGCUCCUCAUUCAGCGCUGCGCGCCCGGAGCUGCUCCCCGACGUGCGGCGCAGCGCAGCGCACGAGCGCCCGCGCUACUGCCCCGAGGCCCCAACGUUGCGGUCCCCUCCCGGGCUGACCAUUAACCAGGAGGCCGUAUAAGGAACGAGUGGCCCGGGCGUGCAGGAGGGACACGUCGCCGCCAUGGACAGCAGCACCUGGAGCCCCGCGGCCACCACGACCGCCGCGCCCCUCGCGCCCCACGAGCGCAUCCGCAAUGCGGCCGACAUCUCUGUCAUCGUCAUCUACUUCGUGGUGGUGAUGGCCGUCGGGCUGUGGGCUAUGUUUUCUACCAAUCGUGGGACCGUUGGAGGCUUCUUCUUGGCCGGCCGAAGUAUGGUGUGGUGGCCGAUUGGAGCCUCUCUCUUCGCUAGUAACAUCGGCAGUGGCCACUUUGUCGGGCUGGCCGGGACCGGAGCAGCUUCAGGCAUCGCCAUGGGGGGCUUUGAAUGGAACGCCCUGGUUUUGGUGGUUGUGCUGGGCUGGUUGUUUGUCCCCAUCUACAUUAAAGCCGGGGUGGUGACGAUGCCACAGUACCUACGGAAGCGGUUUGGAGGCAAGCGGAUCCAGGUCUACCUUUCCAUCCUGUCCCUGCUGCUCUACAUUUUUACCAAGAUCUCGGCAGACAUCUUCUCCGGGGCCAUAUUCAUCAAUAUGGCCUUGGGCCUGAAUCUGUACCUGGCCAUCUUUCUCUUACUAGUGAUCACUGGCCUUUAUACAAUCACAGGGGGCCUGGCAGCUGUGAUUUACACGGACACCUUGCAGACGGCGAUCAUGCUGGUGGGAUCUUUUAUUCUGACUGGAUUUGCUUUUCACGAAGUGGGCGGGUAUGAGGCCUUCAUGGACAAGUACAUGAAAGCCAUUCCAAGCGUGGUUUCUGACGGCAAUGUCACCGCCAAGCCAGAAUGCUACACCCCGAGGGCCGACUCCUUCCACAUCUUCCGAGACCCCAUCACGGGAGACAUCCCGUGGCCUGGGCUCAUCUUUGGGCUGGCCAUCCUGGCCCUGUGGUACUGGUGCACGGAUCAGGUCAUUGUGCAGCGCUGCCUCUCGGCCAAGAACAUGUCCCACGUGAAGGCCGGCUGCACCCUGUGUGGGUACCUGAAGCUGCUGCCCAUGUUCCUCAUGGUGAUGCCGGGAAUGAUCAGCCGCAUCCUGUACACAGAAAAAAUUGCCUGCGUCCUUCCCUCGGAAUGCGAGAAAUACUGCGGCACCAGAGUUGGCUGCACCAACAUUGCCUACCCAACUUUGGUGGUGGAGCUCAUGCCUGAUGGGCUGCGGGGCCUGAUGCUGUCGGUCAUGCUGGCCUCCCUCAUGAGCUCCCUGACCUCCAUCUUCAACAGCGCCAGCACCCUCUUCACCAUGGACAUCUACACCAAGGUGCGGAAGGGAGCAUCGGAGAAAGAGCUCAUGCUCGCAGGAAGGCUGUUCAUCCUGGUGCUGAUUGGCAUCAGCAUCGCCUGGGUGCCCAUUGUGCAGUCGGCACAAAGUGGGCAGCUCUUCGAUUAUAUCCAGUCUAUCACCAGUUACUUGGGACCACCCAUCGCGGCUGUCUUCCUGCUUGCCAUUUUCUGGAAGAGAGUCAAUGAGCCAGGGGCCUUUUGGGGACUGAUUUUAGGAUUUCUGAUCGGGAUUUCCCGUAUGAUUGCUGAGUUUGCCUAUGGAACCGGGAGCUGCAUGGAGCCCAGUAACUGUCCCACGAUUAUCUGUGGGGUGCACUACUUGUACUUUGCCAUUCUCCUCUUUGCCAUCUCUGUCAUCACCAUUGUGGUUGUCUCCCUCCUGACCAAGCCCAUUCCAGAUGUGCAUCUCUACCGUCUGUGCUGGAGCCUGCGCAACAGCAAAGAGGAGCGAAUUGACCUGGAUGCAGGAGACGAGGACUUCCAAGAAGCCUCAAAGGACCAAGAAGCCUCAAAGGAGGACAUUGAAAUAGAACUUCCUGAGGAGAAGAAAGGAUGCUUCAGGCGGGCCUACGACCUGUUUUGUGGGCUGGACCAGCAGACCGGACCCAAGUUGACCAAGGAGGAGGAGGCAGCCAUGAAGAUGAAGCUGACAGACACCUCUGAGAAACCUUUGUGGAGGACAGUGGUGAACAUCAAUGGCAUCAUCCUGCUGGCGGUGGCCGUCUUUUGCCACGCGUAUUUUGCCUGAGUCCAGCCUGUGCCGCACACGCACCACAGCUGGAACCCUACCGCACCUCCCUUUGAUCUCAUUCUGUGGCAUUGAAGGGAAACCGGCCAGUUGUAAAUUUCGCCCAGUUGGAUGAAUGUGUACAUGUGUAAUUAUAGGCUAGCUGGUGGAAAAUCAUUAGUUUGCUGUUAACUUAUGUAUUCAAAGCCAGUGUGAUACAAUCAUCUGUAUAUACUAGAGCUAAGGAAGGAAAGUCCACUAGAGCUAAGGAAGCUAUACCCAGAAAAAGGCAGACUAAGAGACAGAGUCUGGUGAUGUCCAAGGGCAGGUCUGUCUCAGGUACAUUCAGCAUGUCAACAUUAUUUGUAAUCCUUGAAUAUUAUUUUAAGAGUUUUGGUCCCCCUGGUUCCUGCCACUUUGCCCUAUCUGAAUUCUUCUCUAUUUUUUUAAUUUUUAAAUUUUUUGCUCUUAUCAUGUUCCUUUCAAGAUUUUCCUGGCACAGCAAAAAUUGAUCCGAUAAACUGAUGAAUGCAUUGAAGCUGAGGACGGGAGCUCGGUGGGGUCCCUGUGCAGGGUGUUUGAUCUUGGAAGUGGAGACAUGAAGAAGGCAGUACUUGUCCCAAAAAGAGGGACCCAGGCACUAGCCUCAGGCCAGUGGGGGAAGCAGAUAAUCUUCAGUCCAGGGGAUUUUCUGAUCUUCUUAAAAAUGUCCAUUGUGAGUUCCACCUCUUUGGGACUCCUCUCAUUUUGACAUUCACUGUGCCUGGAAUGUCGUAGCCACUCAGUCAUGUUUGCUGACUAAAUGGAUGAUACAGGCAGGUAUUUAGAAAUACUUGCUUUAUUUUUACAUGAGCCUGGCUCUCGGUUAACCUCUUCUGGUGGCUGCACAAAGCACGCCCUCUGGUGACUAUAAAGAGUUGGAAUGCAUUUGCCAGAGGCCCUUGUGCCCCGUGGUGCUGAAGUUGACAUAGGGGCUUAGCAGCUGACACUGUGUCACUUGAGAGAGAUGGGGCUCAGGCUGGGGGCAUGUAUCAUCUCAGCAGCUGCACCCUCCCGAAACAUAGAACUAAUUAGCCUGAGAUCAUCCUCCCUGUGAACUCACAUGACCACAGCUCUUCCUUGUUUUGGUGUCUUGAUCAGUGACCAUCGACUGAUGACGGUUAGAGCAGGGUAUCUGUGUUCCGGGUGGUAGUGCCCAACACUUCUAGCUGAGAGGGAUGUGUUUCUUGUUGAACCAAUUUCCCAGGGGGAAAUUCCUUUCAUUUAAUUUAAGUAAUUCUUUUUAAUGUCAUCUGUGAAAUCUCAAUUACAUUGUAAUAUAAUCCUAUUUGAGUGAUUAAAAAAAAAUCACGAGGUUAGUAUUGACUGAUUUCAGGCUAGCUUAGAAAAGAGCUGGGAGUGGUGCCUGGGUACAAAAAUGGUUCAACAGGUGAAAGGAUGGCCUUGUCCUUGGGGAGGGAAGGAAACCCAGGGAGCACUUCUGAGACGCCUUCUCCCUCCCCUGCAGCUGGGCAGAGCAGUGGGAAAAGUGGGGCAUUUCACACAGCUAGCAUCGCUCAGAGGACUCGGUCUCAUGUGGAGUGUGUGGUAUGUUUUGAGCUUUGAGAGGCUAAAGGGAGAGCACCAAAAGCUGGUGGGUGGAGCAGACAGUGUAAAAUUUCUAGAUUGUCCUGGAUUCAUUCAGUUCUAGCUUGGCCAAUGACUUAAUGUGUAUAUUGUGGUAAAUUAUUUUGUCUCAACUCUG